GGCUCUCCCGCCUUGCGUCACUUCCGCUUCCUGUUCGACAGGGCGGGUAAUUCGUACGUUUUCUGGGGCCGACGGUUCUCCCGGUUGGCGCGAGCAGGGGACGGCAGCGGCUUCGAGGGUCGAGACCGAGAGUAGCCAUGUCUGAGAGGCGGACGCGGUCCGGAGGGGCCGCUCGACGCUCGGGGCCCCGGGCCCCCUCUCUGACCAAGGGUCUGCAGCGGUCCCAGCGGAAGUCAGGCUCUGAUCUCCCGAGCGUCCUCCCCGAGCUCUGGCGGAAGGCUCCCCACGUCGCUUCGGCCAGGAAGCCCAUCGUCUUGAAGAAGAUCGUGGCGCAUGCCGUGGAGCUCCCCGCCGUCCAGUCGCCUCGCAGGAGCCCGCGGAGAUGGAUCUUCCACCCCCGGGUCACACCCCAGAUGGCCGUAACAGCGGGGCUGGGCCAGGACUGGGUUGGACUGAAGGGGGAGCCAGAUUGCCUUUUUCUUGGAGAAAGAAAACAACCCCCCCAAGAGGGAGCCGGCCAGGGAGGAGCUCUUCAAGUCCUGCAGUGUCCCCGGCACGCCGGCCACCACUCCUGUGCUGUGCUCCCUGAACACCUCGUCCAACGCCAAGGAGGGGCAGCUGGAUGCCAGGGACUUGGAGAUGUCGCAGAAAGUGAGGCGGUCCUACAGCCGCCUGGACACCCUGGGCUCCCUCUCCACCUCCACCCCGGGCCGCCGCUCCUGCUUUGGCUUCGAGGGGGCAGAAGACUUGUCCAGAGUCUCGCCUGUGGUGGGUUCAAAGCCAGCCGAGGCCUCCAGGGUGCCCGCGAAGCCUUGGGCCCCGGAUACAGCUCUCCCAGGAAUCUCCCCCCUCGUUGUGAGAGAGAAGCGGAAGAAGAAGAAGGUGCCGCAGAUCCUGAAGUCGGAGCUGGAUGAGUGGGCUGCGGCCAUGAAUGCCGAGUUCGAAGCUGCUGAGCAGUUUGAUCUCGUGGUUGAAUGAAACUGAGUGGGGGUGCGCCUGGCCGGACUCCCCGCGCCCCUUGUACAUAGCCCCUCGCUGUGCGGAAGACACUCGGGCUGCCUGGCCUGGCUGCUCGCUGGCACCCCAUCUCGUCGUCGUCAUCCUCCCCGGGGCUCUUGGUGGGGAGCGGCCUCUCCCAGGCUGCCCCUUCCGGGUGACCUUCUGCUGGCCUGCUUCCGGCCACAAGCCUGCCUGUGUAGAGACUUGGUUUGGGGUAGCUCCUCUUAGAUCCUGUAGAUGGUCCCCGAGAGGACUGAUGGGUGGGGCAGCUCUACGCUCGAGGAAGAAGCUGGACGCUCAGCCUACUGCGGCUUCCGCGGUUUGGGGGAGGAUGGCUGCUCCGGGUCUCGGCCUCGGGGCUGCGUGCCCAGCUGUGUUUUCUGUGUUCUACUGUUGAGACGUUUGGAAAAUGCCAGGUUGAAGGAGUGCCAGCUGCUUGGGGCAAAAGGGUGUGUGUCAGGGUUUGGCCACUGGUGGCUGCGGCUCCUGCUGCCAGGGAACCGGGCUGCCACUGUGCAGGGCCAGCCUGGGCCCCGACUUCCUGCUGGGGGGCCCUCGGGAGCCCACACCUGUUUCCUGCAAGGGCAGCUGCACAGUCCCCAUGGCCUGUCUUAAGACUGGUCCUGGGGGGCUCUCGGAAGCGUUGCUUCUUUGCCAAACAGCGCCAGGGCUUGAGAGCGGUUUGAAGGCUUAGCUUCCUCCUCCUCGCACCUGAGGACACGGCCAAGAGUCAGGCCAGGAGUGGAAGCGGCGAGGGGCGUCGCGCUGCAGAAUUUCCCACCUUUGCCCUUUCUCAACGCUGCUAAAAGGUGUUUUCACAAGCAACCCUGCCUACCACUGGGCCACAGCGCCCGUCCCCAGGCCACUGCACCUGCUGACGUUUCAGGGUGGUGGAGGUGGGCGCUGCUGGCCGCCGGGAGGCCGGGAGGUGGGCGCGUGGCUGGGGUGCUCGGAGCCGUGCAGGCCCGGGGGGCACGGGCGUCCCAGGCCUCUGCCAGUGCUUCGUGCUCCGUCAGGCCCUGCGCACCCACCCCUUGCAGAACGCUGGGCCCUGCCAGCGGCAAGGGUUUUGCUUUAGGACGAAUCUGAUUAAAGAGUUUCUGCCUGCUCACA